AAUGAAUGAAGUGGUGGGUUUGAUAUUGGAAUGAAUGAAGUGGUGGGUUGAUAUUGGAAUGAAUGAAGUGGUGGGUUUGAUAUUGAAAUGAAGGAAGUGGUGGGUUUGAUAUUGGAAUGAAUGCAGUGGUACGGAGUGAUGCACCCUGGACCGUCACUGGCUUUAGCAAUCAUCGCAUGUUUUCUGCAGAGAUACUUCUGUGAAAGUCGCUGGGACAAGGAAGAAGGUUUGAAGCCAGGCUCAGAGACGUACGGCUACAAAGCUUUCUCUGGGGAGGGGUUUGUCAUGCAAUGUACCAAACCACAGUCUGCCGGUCUCUGUGAGCGCCUCUACAACAUCACAGCCAGCUCUGAGGAAGCUGAUUGGUCGAAGGCCGAGGGGGAAACCAACAGAGACAGAGUUGACGGGGCCGUGACAGGACGGGGGAACGCACUCUGGUUCUCUACCGUUACUGCAAAGGACUCUGGGAUGUACACAUGCCACACAGGUGGUAUGGUGAUCCACGUCUAUGUGGAGGUGCUGGAGAGGGCCAACCUGGGGUGCAGGGACACAGAGGAGAACAGAGUCACACUGGUUCUGGGCAAAGGUGGCAGGAUCCCAUGUCCUGGGAUCAAAUGUCGGACACAGAGGUCAGAGGUCACAUGGUACAAGGAUGCCAGGCCUGUGUGUGAGAUACAGGAUAAGAGGACUAUCUCUGUGGUAGACCGGUAUACUCUUCUGCUGGGUACUGUCUAUGUGAGUGAUGCUACAGUGUAUUUCUGUGACUACACCUACGAAGACAACGGGAUCCCCUGGACAGUCAGGAGAUCUGUUAACGUCUCGGUCAUACCCGCUGACACCAAAGACCCUCCACAGAUUACUUAUCCCCAUGGCAACGAGGAGGGCGUGGAGCUGGGGGAGCCUCAUAAUCUGAGCUGUCAGGUGCAUUUUGGGUUCCAGAGGACCUUUGACCCAGUGGUGGAUCAGUUCCCAUAGCAACCAUGAAGGCGUGAUGAAACUGAUGGAGAUGGAAGCACAGCAGGUGAGGGAAAGGAGUAUUGCAGAGUUUGAGUUCACGGUCACCAGGACAGCUCAAAUCCCAGAGGUGACCCAGCUACACCUGGACUCCACCUUCACCUGUCUGGCCCAGAACUCUGUAGGCAACAGCAGCGCCAC